GGAGAUGGCCGAAUGUCUGUUUCCAGCACCGGCAAUCUGUUUGCGGAUGGAAGCUGAGUGAACCGGGCGGGAGCGUCAGAGGAGCGUCAAAAGUUGUGCUCCCUCACCGCCUGCCAUUUCCACUCAAUCCCCGCGAUAAGUUGGGUUCCCGCCAUUUCCCGGUCAUUUGCCCUUCCCCAUGAAAUCCACCAAUUCCACCAAUUCCACCAAAUCAACACAAACAAUCCUCCUUAUCCGCCGAGCUUGUUUCACCCCCUGCUUAUCCUUUCUAUCAACUUACGGUCCUCGAUUAUUGGGAUUGAGUCUCCAAUUCCUGGAAAAGAGGUUUUCCACUUCUUGACCCCGCUCCGUCAUAUGAUCACAAGCCAGACAGACGGUGAUGUGUCCUGAUAUCAAUUCUCUGCCUGCUUCCCCAUCGCCUCAUACCCAUACCCGUACUUCCUCUUCCCCGCAUCGCCAACGGGCUGUGUACGACCCCUUGCAUCUGCAAAAUUCUCCGUCGGGUUUCUCCUUUCUCAGCCUGGCCACCAUGAAUAACAGUCCUAACAGCCACUUGGGCGAUCCCAAUCACGCUGUUGCCACUGACCUGCCUCAUCGGCCUGCUCCGAUUUCCAGUACUCGUUCGGGGAUCACAGGUCCGGAACGACGCCGGUCCGCCGCCGGGUCCAACUCAAUUUUGAACAGCAACAACAACAGCAGCAACAGCAAUGGCAACGCUAGUGAGUCGGUGUCGGGUGAAUCCCCGCUUGCCCCUCACGACCAUCGCUCCUCGUUGAGCCACAAUGCACUGCGUACCUCUAGUUCCUCCAGUCUCGGGGGUAGUCCAAUCAUCGCCUUGGGGGACCCGCAUCACCAGCGCGCGCCCUCGUUGGGGGAACUCCAUCAGGAAUUAGAACAGGAGCAGGAAGCACAGGUGAAUCGACUGCUGCAGAUGAUCCGCAGCCAGCAGACUCAAUUGCACCAACUCCAGCAACAGCACCAGCUGUCGCACCCGUCGUCCGGCACGGCAGUGGUCGACGACGCUGCCGUCCCCUUUCCCCCGGUUCCUCCGCACCCCGCCUCCGGUAGUCGGGCAUCGACCCAAUUAGCGUCCUCUCUGUCGAGUCGGCGCCCCUCCCGGCCCUCCAGUCAAGCCGGCUCACCCAGCCUGCGUCCCCGCGCUGAUUCGUCACGGGGCCCGGAGGGACUGGAGUGGGUUGGAGGCAUCGGGGAGAGCCCUGUCCGGCGGGGAAGCAGGGAUGAAAGUGCAUUCUACCAGGCUGAGGCGGCUAUGCUGACCCGGGAGAAUCAAAUGCUGCGACAGCGCAUUCGCGAGCUGGGUAAGUGUAUAUCCAUCCAGUGUCAGCCCAUGGAGCCGAGAAGUGUCACUCCAGUCUACGUGCGUUCAUCUGCAAAUGACCAAAUUCUAAUUCACCAUGCACAGAACGCCAAGUCAGCGAGCUCACUGUUGGUGCCCAACCACUUCAACGUUCUGCGCUCUCUGGCAGCCAGGACACCGACAAUGCCGGCGUCCAGGAACCCGCGGGACGAGGAUCGGCAAGCGACAAGACAUGACUGACUUUGGGCCACAUGGGAACACAUUCUGCCUCCUUCUCCUCCUGGCAUAAAGUUUAAGGGUGACCCUCUAGAUCGGCGGUGAUCGGCACAUUCUUCUGAUCUUUACCGGACGGCACUGACAACGAUAACUACCCGA